AUGAACGAUGUAGUAGCUAUCGAAAAUUUAGCAACAAACAAUCAAUAUUAUACAGAAAUGCAUUCAAAUUCACAAAGUUCACAAAAUCCACCACUUGAUGAUUUGGGAUCCAUAAGUUCCUAUGAUAAGCCAGUAUCAACUACAAAUCGGCAACAUUACUCAGAAAUGCAAUCACACUCAGAAAUGCAAUCAACUACAAAUCGACAUUACUCAGAAAUGAAAUCAAAUUCAAAAAAUUCACAUAAUACAAUGUCACCAAACGAUGUUAAAAGGCCUAUAGGGUCCAAUUAUAACCUAGGGCUUACAGAAAUUAAAGUUGUGGGAUUUGCAUAUGCGCAUGUAUCCAAUCCUUCAGAGAUUAUAGCAAAUGACUAUUGGCAAGAAUUUACAGGGCCAUUAAAAACUGAUACGGUAUUGAGAUAUGACCAAAACUUUAAAUCUGUUGAGGCAUGGGGAUUACCAGCUUUAGUGCAAAAGCCAAAUAUGCGAAGAAUAUAUAAAGGUGGCUUUUCACCUAUCCAAUUUCUCAAACUUCAUUUAAGUAAAAAAUUUGAUAAGCCAGAUUUACCUGAAGGAUUAUAUUAUAAAAAGACUAUAACAGACUAUUUAACAGAAAUGAUGGAUUUUACAACUUUCAAGUUGAAAAAUAAUGAAUUAAGCGAAAAUUUAUUAUAUAAAGCUACUGAAUCCGCGGGUGGUGCAUGCGUUGACAAAGAAUUUUUAAAAUUUUUAGAGAAAAAAGUCGGAGAAUAUGCUGUAAGUUCAUUGGCUAAAGAAUACAAUGAUCAAUUUCAAUAUAUGUUGAGUGAAUUUCAGCGCCAGAUCAAGUUACCUUUUACUGGCAUUAAAAAAGAUUUCAAAGUCAUUAAAUUUGACAUUAAAGAAGUAUGCCCAAUGUUGAAACAAUAUGUGACAGGAACUUCAAAAUCAAAAUUAGAAAGAGUUAACUGGAUAAUCGAUAUAGGAUUCGAUGAUGUUAAAUCAAUGUUUGAUCUUGUAAUAGACAAGAUUAUUAAAUUGAUUGGUUUACAACUCAAUCUGGGAAUUACUUACACGGCAAUGUUUUUGGUUGGAGGAUUUAGUGAAUCCAAAUAUCUUCAAAUGAGAAUUUAUCAACAUUAUCAUAAUCAAAUCAAGAAUAUAAUCUUCCUGGAUGAUCCGGUAAAAACUAUUUACGUAAUAAAACUUUGUUUUUACUUACAUUAA